UUCCGCGAAGAAAUCCUGUACGCCUGCGUGUCGUUCACUGUUUUGUUUCACCGCCUCGAUCUCGUGCUCAGCUUUUUCGUCCAUUAGACCAUAAUUGGAAUACGCGACGGGUGUUUUUGAAGCGAAUACAACAACCGUUGAGUUAACGAAAGUCAACUCAAUUUCAAUUCACUAUUGUUAUUUGUAUACUAGCAAUCCGCGUCGUUAUUAUAAUAGUGAUACCGCAAGUGCGAAGCUGUUCCAGUUCCGCGAAGAACGCGAUCUCCGCGAUUCAGGAGCCUCCGAAAAUAGCGGCCGGCAUCCGAAUCGGAUAACGUGGUUUAAAACGCUUCGCGACACGUCACACCGAGAGUAUCGGAGCGACACCCGUUACCCACCCCAUGAUCCCUCCUGCGAUCCCGCCGUCGCUCUUCACCCCUCGAAAUAACGUGCGCCGUGUCCCCGUGGCGCCGCGCGCUUCUUCGACGUAUUUCACCCCUAGCAACGUAUGCGUCACGAAGCUCCUCAGCGGACACCGUUCGGCGCUGACUGCUGAAAUUCGGACGCCACAGUCGAGCGCGAACCGCCGUACAGUCGAGACUUUGGCGACGAGUGAAUACGAAAUAUUUUAAUGGCAGCGUGCGGCGCGGUCAGCACCGUCAAUGAGCCGGCGAAGACGAGGCCAACGAACUGGCAGCAAAGGGUGUUCGGACGUCAGCUCGUAAAAUGUAACCAGGCAAACUCUACCGCGACGGAUUCCGGUAGACUUCGUGACGUGGGAAAGCUACUCGCCUCAGAAAACGGAGAGCCUCUUUGCGAGACGAUCGGCGUGUACUUUAGUUUCAUCAAUCCAGGGGCAACUUGCGACGAUUUCACUAAACAGUUGACAGAGCUUUACGGGAGUGUUAACGGUGCAGUUUGCAAAGAUGAUGAUAAAGAUUGUGCGUCUGAGGGUGAAAGAAUACAGAUGAAAAAACGCUUCGAAGUUGUGCACGUUGUGCUUUGGAGCAAUGUUGCCGAUGUUCUUGAUUUUGAAGAAAGUUUUCAAGGACACGUGGCUGAAUUGCCUUGGAUGGCUGUACCCAACGACGACUACGAGAGGAAGAUGCGUUUGACGAGGAGGUACCGGAUCAAAGCGGGAGUCCCUACGCUGAUCCUCCUUGAGGGUGGUACUGGAUCGGUCGUGACUCGCGGAGGCGUCGAACGCACCCUGGCCGAUCCCACGGGCGCCAACUUUCCGUGGAGGCCACCCCAUCCUAAGGCCACCCUAGUCGAUGGACCCCUUCUGCCGUGCGGGGGGCGAAACAAUAACGAACCGAUGCUCCACGAAGAACUUCGGCACUGCGUCAAGGGUGUAUACUUCAGCGCCCACUGGUGCCCCCCGUGUAAAGCCUUCACACCACAGCUGGUAGAUACGUAUCAGAGGAUCCGAGAAAGGGGACACAAUUUUGAAGUCAUCUUCGUCAGCUCUGAUCGGAGUGAGGAAUCCUACAACACUUACACUGAGACGAUGCCUUGGCUCAGGAUACCUUUCUCUCAAGAAGAACGACGGCGAAAACUCGCCCACGCUUUAGACGUUCAAGCGAUACCCACCCUCGUAAUUCUAGAUCCACGUGACAACAUCAUUACCUUGGAAGGGCGCGCUGAACUCCUCGAAGAUCCGGAGGGUUUGAAUUUUCCAUGGGCAAGCAGACUUGUGAACAUUUUGACGGAAAAGUAUGCGACGACCCUCCACGAUGCUCCAGCAAUAAUCUUAUUCGUUGAGGGCGAUGAUUGCGAAAUACAAUUUGGAGAAAGCGUUUUAGUUCCAGCAGCAGAAGCUUACCGACGUGACCGUCCGGACUACGACCCAACCUACGAUGACUUGGACAGCCACCUACAAUUCUUCAUUGCGUUAGACUGCGAAACCUCGGAUAUUCUAAGAGAGUUCGUUGGCCUGGAAGAUGCGGUUCCCUUGUUGACUGCUAUUGACAUUCCACGGGGUAUUUAUGCCGUGAUGGAAGAUGGAGCAGAAAUUACGGUAGAUUCGGUACAACAGUUUGUUGAUGGAUUUAUAAACGAUAAACUGUUGACAAACAAAAUCGCCGCCGUCCACAAGUCUGUCACCGAAACUGAGCAGACUGCAGUUAGUGCGAAGUGAUGGUAUUAUCGGGUAAAUUUAGUGGUGAAUCUAGAAUACGGUGAAUCUCACGAGAUGCACCGCCUUGUCUUGAAAUGCCUGCAAAUUUUUUGGUUACCUUUUUUUCAUAUCAAUUGUCCAAUUGAAAACCUAAUUACCGGUCUCAAACUGAAACCUUUUUCAUCCCGAAUGUCAAUUUCAUGUCGAAUGAAAAUGACAAAUAUCAAAUAGUAGAGGCCAGAAAUGUGAGGCAACCUAGAAGGUCAUCUAGUCUAUUUCUUGUGCAUUUCAUAAAAAUGCGAAAGAACAAGAAUUUAAUGUUGUCAGGGUCAAAUGAUCUGUGAGUUUUUCGAAGAUUUAACCUUGUCAACCUCCUAACCGAGCAGAUUAUUAGAUUCUGAGCAUGAAAUCUAGAACAAAAAGAAAUUAAAUGAAAGAGUAAGAUAAAUUAUUUGUUGUGAAUGUUGAAAUUUUGUACCAACGCAAUAAUACCAGAAUAAUACUAAACAUACGAAGAGCAAACUAAAAAUUACAUUUGAAAGAAUAUACCCAUCAUUGUAAUUA